AUGAAGAACAAUUCUGUGCUAAAUGAAUUCAUUUUGUUAGGUCUUUCCAAUUCUUGGGAGGUUGAGAUUUUCUUUUUUGUGAUCUUCUUCUUUGCCUAUGCAUCAAUCUUGACUGGAAAUUGUCUCAUUAUACUUAUCGUAGCUCUGGACUCCCACUUGCACUCAACCCCCAUGUACUUCCUCCUGGCCAACCUUUCCUUUCUUGACAUGACUCUUUCUACUGUUACUGUCCCCAAGAUGAUCAUUGACUUUUUUAGAGAAAGAAAAACUAUUUCUUUGUGGGGCUGCAUGACACAGAUGUUUCUGGCUCAUCUCUUGGGAGGUAGUGAGAUGACUCUUCUCAUUGUGAUGGCUAUUGACAGAUAUAUUGCAAUAUGUAAGCCCCUCCAUUAUAUGACUAUUAUGAACCAUAGAAUUCUGGUAGGAAGUGUGCUGCUUUCAUGGACGGUUGGCUUUGUGCACACUAUGAGCCAAAUGGUCUUUAUGGUGAGUCUGCCCUUCUGUGGACCUAAUGUGAUUGAUGAUGUUUUUUGUGAUCUUCCUCUGGUGUUGAAACUUGCCUGUACUGACACUUAUGUCCUGGAGCUGCUCGUUGUUGCAUUCAGUGGGCUGCUUUCUUUGAUCUCUUUCAUUCUUUUGAUCAUUUCCUAUACAGUGAUAUUAGUUACUGUCCGGCGUCGCUCUCCUUUUGGACUAUCUAAGGCUCUGUCCACAUUAACUGCUCAUAUUACUGUGGUAACACUCUUCUUUGGACCAGUCAUCUUAAUCUAUGCUUGGCCAAUUAGUAGUUAUUCCUUAGACAAGUUUUUCUCAGUGUUUUACUCAGUUAUCACUCCUCUCCUAAAUCCAAUUAUCUAUAGUUUGAGGAAUAAGGAGAUGAAAGCAGCUAUGAUUAGACUGAGAAACCGGCAUAUCAGCUCCAAUCCAAUCUUUUAA